UUGAAGGUAGCUUCAACGAACUAAGUUAUCGGCAUUUUAAUGUGAGUUUAACAAAAAAAAACAUUGAAUUUUGUGGUAUCGUUGAUCGAUUGAAUGUUACAUAGAUUGAUGAGUGACAGUAAGAGUGAUAUUUGAUUUUUUUACCAGGCAAAAUAAUCAAAAGUCACACAGACAAGCCGCAAAAAAGAGCUACGUGAAAUAUUAUAAAUUUCUUCCAAAAUGUCAACACGUUCCAUGUGCAUCGUGGUUUUUUCCACCCUUCUGGUACUUGUAUCAUCUUUUCCAUCAGUACCAUCAGCAGAUAAUGAAAGCGUACCUUCGUCAACACUGCCAGCAACAUCGACGCCAUUCCAGUUACUAACAGAAAGCGAUAUCGUCACUGGUAUGAGUUCUAAUUCGAACGAAACAAAUUUUAACACUUCCGCUGAAUUUGAUAUAUCGGACGGUACCCAAUGUGUGGACGGCAUAAUACUCAGCGUAUGGCAUCCGCAAUACGGUUUGACUCUCUCCGACCGCAUCGGAAGAGGAUUGGUGUACUUUAUAGCAUUGUGUUAUCUCUUCGUCGGCGUGGCCAUCGUAUCUGAUCGAUUUAUGGCAUCGAUUGAGGUGAUCACUUCCAACGAAAAGCAAGUAAAAGUUCGUAAGCCGAACGGUGAAGUGCAAGUGGUAAACGUUCGUGUGUGGAAUGAAACGGUUGCUAAUUUAACAUUGAUGGCAUUGGGUUCCAGUUCACCGGAAAUUCUGUUGUCAAUCAUUGAGAUUAUCGGAAAGAAUUUCAAAGCUGGUGAACUAGGACCGGGUACAAUAGUUGGAUCGGCCGCAUACAAUCUGUUUAUCAUCAUUGCUGUUUGCGUAUCGGUCAUACCAAAUGGAGAAACUCGAAAGAUAAAGCAUCUAAGGGUAUUUUUCGUAACAGCCACUUGGUCAUUGUUUGCAUACAUUUGGAUGUACUUGAUUCUUUCGUACUUCUCGCCGGGGCAGGUCGAGGUGUGGGAGGCAUUUCUUACAUUUAUCUUCUUUCCGGUAUGUGUAUUAACUGCUUAUAUUGCCGAACGCCGACUCCUCGUAUACAAAUACCUUUCUAAAGAGUAUCGAAUGAACAAGAGAGGUAUCCUCGUGAAAUCGGAAACUGCUGAACAGCCUACAAUGAACGGUUACGAUAAAGUAGAAACUUCCGAUAAUAGCACCGAACUGUAUUACACUGAUAAGAAUUUCAAGGACGCUCGCCAAGAGUACCUGUCGAUGCUACAGACGGUCAGGAAAGAAUUUCCGCAUAGUAAUCUCGAACAUUGGGAAAUCGUUACACAGGAACGACUGAUGAGCAGCGGACCGAAAUCGCGUGCAUUUUAUCGAGUCCAAGCGACACGAAAAUUCACCGGAAGCGGUGAUAUUUUCCGAAGGAUUGCCGAUCAGGCUGAAAAUGACUUAACCGAAGUAAAGGCAGAAUUACAAAAACUUAUUGUCGAUGACACUUGUUACGUAUUUUUCGAACCUGGACAUUAUGCGAUUAUGGAAAAUUGCGAAAGCUUUCAAAUUCGUGUAGUUCGACGUGGCAAUUUAUCCGACACGACCACGGUAACUUAUGAAACAGAAGACGGAUCAGCAGAAGCGGGCGCUGAUUAUGUUAAGACUCAAGGAACACUAGUCUUUUCACCUGGAGUUACCGAACAACGCUUUACGCUUUCAGUUCUUGAUGACGAAAUGUAUGAAGAGGAUAAGCAUUUCUACGUGCGUUUGAGCAACGUUUCAGAACCAGCCGUAUUAUCGACUCCCAAAGUGGCGACAGUCAUGAUCAUUGACGACGAUCAUGGCGGUUCGUUUGGGUUCACGUCCAAAGAGAACGAGAUCGUAGAAUCCGUAGGUGUGUAUGACAUCAAAGUGCAACGUAACUUUGGCGCCAGAGGAAAGGUGAUUUUACCAUACUGGACAGAAAAUGGUACAGCGGCGGCUGGAAAAGACUAUGAACCAUUGCAGGGACAAUUGGAAUUUGAUGAUAAUGAAAGCGAGAAGGUGAUUCAACUAGUUGUAAGAGACGAAAACCGUUACGAAAAAGAUGUUACAUUAUUCGUUCAACUAGGAGAACCCAGAACAAUCGCUGAUGCCAUUGAAUAUGCCGAGGCUAAAUCGCCAGAAGAUCUGACGGAAACCGAUAAAUUGGUAUUACUUGGCCGCCCAACCUUAGGUGAACAUGAUAAAGUUUGCAUAAGAAUUAAAGAGAGCAAAGAAUUUAAGAGUACUGUAGACAAGUUGGUGCAGAGAGUGAAUCACAAUAUACUCAUUGGCAAGUCAUCGUACAAGCAACAGUUUAUCGAUGCGUUGAGUGUCAGAUCAGGUGACGACUCAAGCGAUGAUGAUGGAGGUCCGAGUCGCAUGGAUUACAUCAUGCAUUACAUAACAGUGUUCUGGAAAUUGAUAUUUGCCUUUAUUCCACCCACAGAUAUGGUGGGUGGAUAUGUAUGCUUUGUUGUGUCUAUCAUUGGCAUUGGUUACAUGACAGCAAUAAUCGGUGACGUUGCUUCACACUUUGGUUGCACUGUAGGCAUUAAGGAUUCCGUCACAGCCAUCAUAUUUGUGGCAGCUGGAACUAGUCUUCCAGAUACAUUUGCUAGUAAAAUUUCCGCGAUCAAUGACAAAACUGCGGAUAACAGUAUUGGCAAUGUUACCGGCAGCAACGCGGUCAAUGUCUUUCUUGGAAUUGGUGUGGCAUGGACAUUAGCAGCUAUUUACCAUGCUUAUCAUGGGGAAGUAUUUGUUGUUAAUCCUGGAACCUUGGCGUUCACAUUGUCUCUCUUCCUAGCAGGAGCUAUAAUUGCCAUUGGUAUCCUGUUAGCUCGACGCAGCAAGAAAGUCGGAGGCGAGCUGGGUGGUCCAGCUGGACUCAAAUAUGCGACGUCGGCUGUAUUGUUUGGAAUAUGGCUUAUGUAUGUAACUACUAGCACGCUAGAAGCAUAUGGAAUUGUCGAAGGAUUUUAAAAAUUGGUGACGAUUUCGUUUUAAGAAAUUUGUAAGUAUUUAAACUCAGAGACAAUAAAUUAUUUCAGUUACUUGGUUA